AGCAGCAGUGAAGGUCCAGGCCCACCCUCCUGGACGAUGGUGCUCUGUGCUAUGAGCGAGGUCGUUGAACCUUCAUCACAUCAGCCUUUAGAAAAAUUUCGUACCCUCUAUGUGGCAGCUGAUGAUUUAAAACAAAUAGAGGAGAAUGGGCCACUAAGAAUUCACAUACGUCAUAUUCUACCCUACAAUAAUUAUGCUGAAGUUGGCUUCACAUUUUAUAUCAUGCAAAAGGACAGAUGCCAACUCUACACACCUCUGCUUUGUAAAUUUAUUACUUUCAUCAUAAGACCACCACAUAAGUCGAGACCAUUGCAGAGCCGAAGCCAGGGUGGAGAUGUUUCUAAGACUGUAUUCUUCAUGAUCCCUGAUAAGUUUUCUACUCUCCCAGAAAACUGGGUUCAGAGCAUAAAAGAUGAAUCCAAAGUUACAGAUGCCAUUGCAUUUCUAUUAUAUCCUGUUUCAAACACCACAGUCAUCAUGUGCAUGCACUUUGUUGAAAAGAAUGGAAAAUACAAAAAUAUGUGUGCAGCAUUCUCAAAAGAAACUAGUCUCAGUAAAGAAUUAUGGGACAUCUAUGUGAGAACCACUGUUGAAUAUGGAAUCCCAAGAGAAAAUAUACGAGAUAUCCUCAAAAAUGGUUUCAAGAUUGAUACAACUUGCUACAUAUAUGUCCAUGGCAUCUAAUUCACAAAUGUGAAGGUGGACCGAUCUUUCUUUCCCAAUUGUGCAUUUACCUCUCUCGUGUAGUUCAGAUUCUUCACACUGUCCUUUCCUCGUUUCUUCCCUUGCCAUGAUUAGUCGAAUUUUCUUUCUCUGUGAAUCAGUGAAUAAAUUUCAU